AUGGGCUAUGUGAACGACUCCUCGGUCGAUGGCCCCAUCGGUCUUGCGAUGGUAUCCUUCAUCGCCCUAUACAACGCCAUUGAGCUCAAUGUCAUCAUAUUUUUUACAUUUAAGCAAAAAAGCGGCCUUUAUUUCUGGAGCUUCUUCUUUGCUACCUGGGGCAUCUUUUUCCAUACUAUCAGUUAUCUGAUGUGGAACUUUGGCGUCCUCAAAAAUGCUGCGGCAUGGGUUACCAUCGCUGUGAUCGGCGGGGUUCCCAUGGUCACUGGCCACUCCCUCGUUCUUUAUUCACGGCUACACCUUAUCUUAUAUAAUAAGAGGAUCCUACGCCUGGUCUUGGCCAUGAUUAUUACUAACGUUUUCAUCGGCCACGUCUCUACGAUCAUUGUCGCGUACCGGGCUAUUCUGGCCCUAGAACCCAGUCCCUACGUCACCGCCUACCCGGUAUACGAGAAGAUCCAAGUGUCCCUUUUCAUCCAGGAGAUGAUUAUUUCGGGCCUAUACAUUUGGUAUACCUACAAAGCCUUCCAGAUGCAAGAAGCUCUCCAUGGUGCCCAGGCCUCCAGGAUGCUAUACCAUCUCGUUGCGGUUAAUAUUCUUGUUAUCAUCCUCGACGUCGCCAUCCUCGUCCUCGAGUACAACAACCCGUACAACUUGCAAACCGCUAUCAAGGGAAUGGUCUACUCCAUCAAGCUCAAGAUCGAAUAUCCCACCCUUAACUCCCUCAUCAACCUUGCCAAAGCCAACACCACUCCUUUUAUCUCAGCGCCAAGACUCUUCAACUUGAAAGAAGUUCUGAAUAAUGAAGGCCGCCAGUGA